AUGGGCACGGCUUCGGGCGGAGGGAUUUUCGGGCAGUUCUUAAGCAAGUAUACGGAAGAGUUUUAUCUCCUGUUCCGUGUGAUUUUCGCCAUACUGGUGUUUCUGCACGGGAUACAGAAGGCGUUCCUGCUAUGGGGCUUCCCUGCGGGGGCCAAUCCUAAUGGGCUCGGAGCUUUGGUGGAUGUAGCAGGCUGGGUGGAGAUAAUUGCAGCCCUGUUCAUCGCUUUCGGAUUUCUGACCCGAUUGGGCGCCGGCGCGUUGUGCGUUACCAUGAUCGUCGCCUACUUCGGUGUACACGCAGCGUUGAGUCCCAUCUGGCCGUGGCCUCACCUCUACCCCAAUCCACCGGACGGCGGCAACGCCUUCGUGGCUCACGGCGGCGAGGUUACCAUCCUCUGGUUCAUUAUUGCGGGCAUAAUCGGGGUAAUGGGCAGCCGCGGCAAGUACGCCUUGGACAGGAUGAUUUUCAAGAAGGAAGUGCUAUAG